UUCCCAGCACGAUGAGAAGAUGACCCAGUUCUUCAGCCACAAUUUCAGUGAGGACAAAUGGCGCAAAGCUGCCCUGAAAAAUGCCUUCGCCCUCCUGGGGAAACAGCGGUUUGAGCAAUCAGCAGCUUUCUUCUUAUUGGCGGGGUCGUUAAAGGAUGCCAUCGAGGUAUGUCUUGAGAAGAUGGAAGACAUCCAGCUGGCUUUAAUCAUUGCUCGUUUGUAUGAAUCUGAGUUUGAAAUCUCCUCCACCUACACAGCCAUCCUUUACGAGAAGAUUUUGGGCUGUAAGAAAGAUGGAACCGGGUUCUGUUGCACAAAUUUGCACCCAGACCCUUUCCUGAGAAGUCUGGCCUACUGGGUUAUGAAGGAGUACACAAGAGCCCUUGAUACGUUACUGGAACAAACCCCCAAAGAAGAGGAUGAAAAUCCAGUGAUUGUCAAAUCCUGCAACCCCGUGGUGUUCAGUUUCUACAACUACCUGCGUACCCACCCUUUGCUCAUCCGAAGGAACUUCUGCUCGCCCGAUGGGACAUUAGCAACGUUGGGAUUGCAGGCGGAUAAAAGUUUUGUGGACAAGAUCAACCUCAUCGAACGGAAGCUCUUCUUCACCACAGCAAAUGCUCAUUUCAAAGUUGGCUGCCCUGUCCUGGCUCUGGAAGUGCUUUCGAAGCUUCCCAAAAUAAGAAGCAAGCCCGUACUUUCGCCCAAGAAAGGAGAAGCCACACCAGUAACGCAGAAUGGCCUGAAGGUAGACCUAAUCGGGUUAGACGAAGGCAGCGCGGCCAACUGGUCGCAGCCGGUGGGCACGACGGAAGCUUCCUCCCUGGUGGACUGGGGCAAACCAUUGAUAACCUUUGAAGACGAACCUCUGAAACUUGACUGGGGGAAUGAGCAAAGCAGUUUACUUGAUGACGAAGAGGAGAAAGGUUUGAUGAUGAACGACCUGGAAAGUAAAGAACAAGAGGUCAAAAGUCCCGAUCCCAGUCAAGGCGAGGAAGGUGAGGUCGACAAAACGGAGGUCGACGUGAUUGCGGAACAGCUCAAGUUCCGGGCCUGCCUCAAAAUCCUCAUGACGGAGUUGAGAACGUUGGCCACGGGCUACGAAGUCGACGGCGGGAAGCUCCGUUUCCAGUUGUACAACUGGCUGGAGAAAGAGAUCGCCGCCUUGCAUGAAAUUUGCAACCACGAGGCCACCCAGAGCAAAGAGGACGGCCAAGCCGACAGCCAAGUCAGCGGGGAUCUCUUGGGUCACCAAGAGAUGGGGGAGAAGACGCCGCCGGGCUCCUACGAGUGGCAUCAGAUCGAGCGGAGGCGGUUGCAAGCCAAGCGAGAGCACGCGGAGCGGCGGAAAUGGUGGCUCCAGAAAAACCAGGCGCUUCUGCGGGUUUUCCUCAGCUAUUGCAGCCUUCACGGGGCGCAGGGCGGCGGCCUGGCUUCCGUAAGAAUGGAGCUGAAGUUCUUGUUACAGGAAUCUCAGCAGUUUGAUAUUGACACUAUGGAAUGA